GCGACUCAGUUGAUUAAUAUCGAUGAAGACAAACAUCCUGAUUAAAGAAAAUAUAGCUCAGUCGGUAGAGCGGGGGUUUCGGAUUCCGGUGACCCGGGUUCGAUUCCAAAUUGUGCGCUAUAACCUAUAGUGCCCUUUGCCUUUGGUAAGGCAUUUAUCCUCAUUACCAGGUUACUCGGAGAGGACCUUAAGCCGUUGGUCCCCUCACUCCCCUGGGUACUUGCUCACAGGCCUUCGUGCUUUCUUAGCAGUCAGGUAUAACCUCGGUAUGAUAAGAAAAGUCGGCCCGCAGACCCUCGGCCUCAUGGACCCUCGCGCGGCCUCGGCCUCGUGGACGCUCGUCCUCGUGAAACGGUCGGCCUCGUCGUGAGAAGACCAUUAUCGUCACAUUGAGACUGCCUGUUUAGAUGGUCAAAAGGCAGAAUUAUUAAGUACUUUUCUUGGAUACCAGUACAUUGAGAACGACCAGUUGUGUGCAAACAUUUACAAGAUGUCGUCACGUGCUAUGAGAAAAUUAUGUAAUGAACCUGACAUUGUGCUCAAGGAUGAAGUGGCCAAUGAUGAGGAAGAGGAGAUAGAAGAUGAUGUGGAAGUUCAAGUAGCAGCAGAUGAUGUUGUAAGACCUAAGAAACCCAAGGGGAAGAAAAAGAAGAAAGUCGUAAAUCCAUUUGAGUUGUUGAAUGAUAUAGAGGAUGCCCAGUCAGAUGGUGAAGAAGAUGCUGAAUUAGAUGAGAAUGAGAAAACUGAUAAAACUACAGAAGGACUUCAAAAUGGACUGGAUGUUCAAACUACAACGGAAGUGAAACCCAAAAAGAAAAAGAAAAAGAAGAAGAAAAAGCAGAAGGGAGGAACCAGCAGUGGACAAGCAGAUGAUGAAGAUGAAAUCGAUGCGAGUAUUCGAGAAGUCAAUGAGAUCUUGAAGACAAGUCCCCCUCUUUCCACCAAUGCACCAUCAUCAUCAUCAAUGGAGCAAGGUUCCAGGCUGACAAAUUCCAAACCAUUAUUAGCUAUUGAACAUAAACAUCUCAACCCAGAGAAUGAGUUGAGAAGAAUAUUUGGAGCCAGUGUCAUUAGAAACGAACAAAGGCAGAGAGGGAGAAACCGGCAGUACCAGAAAUCAACCUGGCUAGUAACAGCUAAGCAAUCAUGGCCUAAAAUGACAAAAACAGGUUUAUCAAUGAUACACAUCACUACAGAGGGAAGAUAUCACAUAUUUGAAUAUGAACAUUCUAAGGAUUAUCAGAAUGUCCAGUUUGAUUUCUUGGAUGCAGUAGAAACCAUGAAUCCAGCUAAUAUUAUGGCCAUAAUGAAUGCACACCCAUAUCAUAUAGACAGCUUGCUUCAGCUCAGUGAGGUCUCUAGGAUGAAUGAAGAUAUGGGAAUGGCAAUAGAUCUUAUAGAAAGAGCACUGUACGUGUACGAGAGUGCCUUCCACACAUUGUUUAGUUUAGCCGAGGGAACGUGUCAGUUAAGCUAUAGACAUGCUGAAAAUAGAGGUCUCUUCAUUGCUUUAUUCAGGCAUCUUACCUGCCUAGGUCAGAAAGGUUGUAACAGAACAGCUCUGGAAUUCUGCAAACUCUUAUUAGGAUUUGAGCCAGAUAAAGAUCCUCUUGGUGUACUUCUCAUGCUAGACUACUAUGCAUUGAAGACAGAUCAAUAUGAUUACCUCAUCAGAAUGUAUGCUGAAUGGGAGGCACAUCGGAACCUGUCCCAGCUUCCUAACUGGGCAUUCUCCAUCGCCAUGGCGUAUUUCUAUAGCAUCUCAUCUUCAUCCUCACCUCCAUCAUCAUCUUCCAGUCCACCAGAUACAACCAAAGCUGAUUUUCUUCUCCAAGAUGCUCUCAUUAUGUUCCCCUCAGUACUUCUUGCCCUGCUAGAAAAAUGCAGCAUUCAACCAGAUGCAGUGAUCGCUAGCCACACAUUCUUCACUCAAUCAACGACAUCUCAUUCAGCGCUGACACAGCUUGUAGACCUGUUUAUCGCAAGGAACUAUUCUUUCUGGAAGGAGUCAGAAAGCAUGGCAUGGUUGGAGAGGAACGCUAGAGAGGUCAUUCGCAGAGUGGAUGCGGGAGAGCAAAAGGUCAAGGAAUAUGCUGAAAAACGAGAAGCUCGUUAUCAUGGGACGCCUCGUAACAUCUACCGCCACAUCUUCCUAUCCGAGCAUCUUGGAAUAAAGCUCAAGUUACCACCAGAGCUGGCCAACACGCCUGUUAUGUCGUUUGAUCCUCUACCUCCCAAAGACUCAGACAUUGGCUAUUCAAGGCCUGAUCAUCGAUUGAGGCCCGUCUCAAGAGGGCAUGCUGGGAAUAUGUUUACAGAGUUUCUGCGUUCAAUUGUUCCAUCUUAUACACCACCGCCCCCUGGUGAAGCUGGAGCCAAUGACAACGAAGGAGACGAGGAUCUGGGUGCCGCAGGAGGCUACCUGAGUCAGAACAGCAAUCUCCGGCAGGGAGUGGGAGCUGUCAUGGAGGCCAUGAGGGAGCUCCUCCAGACAUUGGAGCCGUUACAAAGACCUGGAGACAAUUCUGAUGAGGAGCAAGGAGGAGGUGGUGGACCUCAGCUAGAAGAGCUCGACUGAAAUAUCAUUAAUACUAUUGUAAUCGUCUAUACUGUGCUUGAAGCAAUAACAACCAUGUGAAGCUAUGUCUAUUUUCAUCUGAAGUUUCUCCUUAACUGUAAGAACUCGAAGAGUGGACUAAUGUGGAGCAACCAUCCAAAGUUUAUCGUUUGUUUCAUAAAAGGUUUUCAAAAGAGCAGAUAUCAGACAGCUUCAGAUGUGCAUUCUCCUCUAUCCUGUGUCACUUUUCAAGUUGGAAAAAUAUGCCAUCUCACAUCCUUGGACUACAGCUUCAAACUUCUUGCCCUUUUGGGACAUCUUAUUUCCAAUCUUAAGCAAGGUGACAAGAGACCUGGGGAGUGUUUAAUGUAACAUCUUGUCAGCGAUUUUCACUGACAAAUUUACUCUGAGCCAAUCAGACAUGAGGAUUUAAAUAGCUUAUGACAAAUAUUGAAAAUCACAGUUCGCUCUAUGAUGAAAGGUUCCCUGGCGUCUCAUGUGCAUACAUGAAGCAACACUUAUUGCGAAAUUUGCAGGACAAAUUCAAAGCUCCCUACCUUAUUCUUGGUGAUACAGCAUCAACUUUGUAUUUCAUUUGAAGAAGAUUUUAAGUGCCUUAUAAGUGACUAGAAGCUCGGAACAUAAGUAGUAGUAGAGAGCAACAUUUUCUCUGCUUUAACAGGGGGAUUCAAGGCUUACUUAAAGGGAUCGUUUAACAUUGUGAGAAGCUGAUUUAAAAAAUUCUCAAAUUAAGAUGAAUUAUGUUUAUGAGUUUAUGUAUUUGUUCUAAGAAACCCUGGAAAUCAUCUUUAUUUUGGAUGAAAAGUUGUUAGUAGGUGUGAAAAUGUGAUUAUAUUAAAACUCGUCUACUAGACGUUUACUGUGA